CCUCACCGCUCGGGGGCCGACGGCCGCGCCGCGCCUCGGAGAUGUGCUCCACGCCCGGGCUGCCCACGCCGGGCGCCUCGCUGGUCCUGCGGGUGUCGUUCGUGGACGUGCACCCUGAGGUGAUCCCCGUGCAGCUCUGGGGGCUGGUGGGCCAGCGGCGGGAGGAGUACGUGCGGCUGAGCCGGGAGAUUCAGGAGGCGGCGGCCACGCGCGGCCCGUGGGCGCUGGGCGGCGCCUCGGCCUCACCGGGCGAGCUGUGCCUGGUGCAGGUGGGGCUCAUGUGGCACCGCUGCCGCGUGGUCAGCCAGCAGGCGCAGGAGAGCCGCGUCUUCCUGCUCGACGAGGGCCGCACCAUCACGGCGGGCGCGGGCUCGUUGGCGCCGGGGCGCAGCGACUUCUUCCACCUGCCGUCCGAGGUGCUGGGCUGCGUGCUGGCCGGCCUAGUGCCGGCGGGCGGCGGCGGCGGAGGUGGGGGCGAGCCCCAGCACUGGCCGUCCAGUGCCGUGGACUUCCUCAGCAGCCUGCAGGGCAAGCAGGUGCACGGGCGGGUGCUGGACGUGCUGCUGCUCCAUCGCCUGGUCCUUCUGGAGGUGCCCGGGCUGUUCCAGCAGAUGCAGGAGCUCGGCCUGGCGCGGCAGGUGCCCGACCGCCUCUUCCGCUCGCUGCUCAAGCGCUACCUAACGGCGGCCACCGUCAGCAUGGGCUCCGGGGCCCCGGGCCUCCCGCGCGUCCCUCCCAAGCAGGAGCAGCCUGGCCUGGAUUACUUCUACCCGCAGCUGCAGCUGGGCGUGACGGAGCCCGUGGUGGUGACCCAGGUGUGCCACCCCCACCGCAUUCACUGCCAGCUCCGGAGCCUCUCGCAGGAGAUCCACCGCCUGUCCGAGAGCAUGGCCCAGAUCUACCGGGGUUUCCCGGGGACGGGGGAUGAGAACUCUACCAGUGCCACCUGGGAGGAGAGGGAGGAGAGCCCAGACAAGCCUGGCUCUCCGUGUGCAUCCUGUGGGUUGGAUGGACAUUGGUACAGAGCGCUCUUGCUUGAGACUUUUCGGCCCCAGCGCUGUGCCCAAGUGCUCCACGUAGACUAUGGAAGGAAGGAGUUAGUGAGUUGUAGCAGCCUCCGCUACUUGCUGCCUGCGUACUUCCGAAUGCCGGUGGUGACCUACCCUUGUGCUUUGUAUGGACUCUGGGACGGUGGCCGAGGCUGGUCUCGGUCACAGGUCGGUGACCUGAAGGCCCUGAUACUGGGCCAGGCCGUGAAUGCAAAGAUUGAAUUUUACUGUUCCUUUGAGCACGUUUAUUAUGUCACCCUGUAUGGAGAAGAUGGGAUCAAUCUGAAUUGUGUCUUCGGAGUCCAGUCCUGUUGCUUGGCGGACCGGUUCCUUCAGAGCCAGGGAGUGGAGGAGGAGGAGGAGGAAGAACAAGAAACAGCUUUUCAGUCUCAGUCUCCUGCUGAAGAAGUGGAUGAAGAGAUUUCACUCCCGGCCUUAAGAUCUAUCAGGUUAAAGAUAAACGCCUUCUAUGAUGCCCAGGUGGAGUUUGUGAAAAAUCCUUCCAAGUUUUGGAUUAGGCUGAGGAAACACAAAGGCACUUUCAGCAAGUUGAUGAGAAGAAUGUGCAGUUUCUAUUCCUCAGCCAGUAAGCUGGAUGGCAUAGUUUUGAAACCCGAACCCGAUGACCUUUGCUGUGUCAAAUGGAAAGAAAACGGCUAUUAUCGGGCUAUGGUCACCAGAUUAGAUGACAAGAGUGUGGAUGUGUUUCUAGUUGACCGUGGCAGUUUGGAAAAUGUGGAUUGGUAUGACGUGAAGAUGUUGCUUCCCCAGUUUAGGCGGCUACCCAUAUUGGCUCUCAGGUGCACACUAGCAGAUAUUUGGCCUUUGGGGAAAAAUUGGAGCCAGGAGGCAGUUUCCUUUUUUAAAAAGACCGUACUCCACAAAGAAUUAGUUAUCCAUGUCCUUGAUAAGCAGGAUAAUCAAUAUGUUAUUGAGAUUCUUGAUGAAUCAAGAACAGGGGAAGAAAACAUUAGUAAGGUAAUUGCUCAAGCUGGGUAUGCCAAGUAUCAGGAAUUUGAAACAAAGGAAAAUAUUCCCGGAAAUGUCCACUCUCCAGGGCAUGUUUCAAGCCAUUUUACUGCUGAGAAUGAUAAAAUAUCUCCUGCCAAAAAGGUAGAAGUAGAACAGAAAGCCAAGAGCGACAAUAAAACUACAUCUGUUUCAGAAAUUUUGGCUGAUACAACAGUCAUUACAGAUAUUCCAACUGGACUAGUUGUGCAGGAAAAAGAGAAAAGAGUAUCUGCUUAUUCUUCUCUUAUACAGAAUUUCUUGGAAAUUAAGCCAGGCUCUUCUUGUAAAGGAGAGCUGAAAGUUGGAAGUACAGUAGAAGUCAAAGUGUCUUAUGUUGAAAACCCUGGCUACUUCUGGUGUCAGCUGACCAGGAACAUUCAAGGAUUUAAAACUUUGAUGUGUAAUAUCCAGGACUACUGCAAGAACACAGCUACUCCUUACCAGGGGACCACCCCCGCUUGUUUGGCAAAACGAACAGUAAAUGGAAAAUGGUCCAGGGCUGUGAUUAGCAGGGCACAAUCUGCAGAGCAUGUCAAAGUAAUGUUCGUAGAUUAUGGAGACAAAGAAAUGGUAUCUGUGAAGAAUAUUUACUCAAUUAGUGAAGAAUUUCUCAAAGUUAAGGCUCAGGCUUUUCGGUGCAGUCUUUAUAAUUUAAUUCAACCAACUGGUCAAAAUCCUUUUGCUUGGGAUGAAAAGGCAAUACAAGCUUUUAGUGAGUUUGUUGACAAUGCAUGGGAAGAGAAUCUCGAAUUAAAAUGCACAAUAUUUGCUUUGGCUUCAGUACAAGAUGAAGAACUGUUUAAUGUUGUGGAUUUGCUCACACCCUUUCAGAGCGCAUGCCAUUUUUUGGUAGAAAAGAGACUCGCAAGACCAGUUAAACUUCAGAAGCCUCUGGAGGCCUCUGUUCAGUUGCAUUCUUUCUACUAUUCGACACACGAUAUGAAAAUUGGAAAUGAAGAAUCCGUGUAUAUAACACAUGUUGAUGACCCUUGGACAUUUUAUUGCCAACUGGGAAGAAAUGCGAGUAUUUUAGAACAGUUGUCCUGUAAUAUUACACAAUUAAGUAAAGUUUUGCUGAACUUAAAAACAUCUCCCUUGAUCCCUGGAACCUUGUGCCUUGCCAAGUAUACUGAUGGAAACUGGUAUAGGGGGAUAAUAAUAGAAAAAGAACCAAAUAAAGUCUUUUUUGUGGAUUUUGGAAACAUUUGUGUGGUAACAAACGAGGAUCUGCUUCCAAUACCUAGUGAUGCAUAUGAUGUCUUACUUUUGCCCAUGCAAGCUGUUAAAUGUUCAUUAUCUGAUAUUCCUGACCAUAUACCAGAAGAAAUUACAACAUGGUUUCAGGAGACUAUUUUAGAUAAGUCGUUGAAGGCUUUGGUUGUAGCAAAAGAUCCAGAUGGAAGACUGAUUAUAGAACUACAUGAUGACAGUAUUCAAAUUAAUGCUAACAUUAAUGAGAAGGUGGGGCUACUCGGCUACAAAGGUGGGACCAAAAAAAAAGAAAGUGAAGCACUCCUUGCUGCAACUGAAACUCUUGAAAUAAAGAAGCAAAAUACGAAGUUGUUGCCUGCAGAGUACAUAAGUAAACCAGUAGAAAACAAAUUACGUAGUAUGGAGAUAUUGGGAACAUCCUACAAAUCUAAGGUCACCUCAGCAUGUAAGGAAACCAAGAUUUUACGAAGUUCAACAAAGACAGACAUAGUCACUCAGUAUCAGGACUCUGUGGGAAAUCAAGGUAAUCAAGUGUGUCCCCUAACACCAGAAAAGAAAGAAGAAAGUUUUGCUGAGCCACCUUUGAAAGCGACAAAACUAGAAGCUACUCCUUCAGAGAGAAACCUAGGAGAUUCAUAUAACAAAGAUUUGCCUUUAAAAUUUUCUGACUUCCCUCAGAAGAUUAUAAUGCCUGGCUUUAAAACAGCUGUGUAUGUUUCUCAUAUAAAUGACCUUUCAGACUUUUAUGUUCAAUUAACAGAAGAUGAAGCUGAAAUCACUCAUCUUUCAGAGAGGUUAAAUGAUGCUAGAACGAGGCCAGAAUAUUAUUCAGGUCCACCUUUGCAGAGAGGAGAUGUAAUAUGUGCCAUUUUUCCGGAAGACAGUUUAUGGUAUCGAGCUGUGGUCAAGGAACAGCAACCCAAUGACCUUCUAUCUGUACAAUUUAUAGAUUAUGGCAAUGUUUCUAUGGUUCAUACUAACAAGGUAGGUAAGCUUGACCUUAUGAAUGCACUGUUACCAGGAUUGUGCAUUCACUGCUCCUUGAGGGGACUUUGGGUCCCUGAGAUUUUAAAAUGUAAGGAAAUGAUGCAUUACUUUUCUCGAAGGACAGAUGAGGUUCAAAUAAGAUGUGAAUUUGUUAAAUUUCAAGGCAGAUGGGAAGUUAUUCUUGUGGAUGAACAUGGGAUCAUAGCAGAAGAUAUGAUUAGCAGAUAUGCUUUCAGUGAAAAAUCUCAAGUAGGACUUUCUAAUCAAAUAAUUGAAAGUGCCUGCUCCAAGUCUGUAAACAAAACUGACAUUGACACUUCACUGUUUCUUAACUGGUAUAAUCCAAAGAUGAAGAUGGUAAGGGCUUAUGCCACUGUGAUAGAUGGACCGGAGUAUUUUUGGUGUCAGUUUGCCGAUACUGAGAAACUUCAGUAUUUAGAAGUAGAAGUACAAACUGCUGGAGAACAGGUAACAGAUAGGCGAAGUUGUGUCCCAUGCCCUCAUAUUGGAGAUCCUUGCAUAGUGAGAUAUAGAGAAGAUGGACAUUAUUAUCGGGCACUUAUCACCAGUAUUUGUGAUGAUUAUCUUGUAUCCGUCAGACUUGUAGACUUUGGAAACAUUGAAGACUGUGUGGACCCCAAAGCUCUCUGGAACAUUCCUUCUGAACUUUUGGUGGUCCCCAUGCAAGCCUUUCCAUGUUGCCUCUCAGGAUUUAAUAUUUCAGAAGGUGUGUGCCCUCAGGAGGGAAAUGACUACUUUUAUGAAAUAGUAACAGAAGAUGUGUUGGAGAUAACAAUAUUAGAAAUCAAAAGGGAUGUUUGUAAUAUCCCUUUAGCAGUUGUUGACUUGAAAAGCAAAGGCGAGAGUAUUAAUGAGAAAAUGAAGAAAUAUUCUAAGAUUGGUAUUAGUAACAGUGAUCUGCCCUAUGAAAAAAAAGGCCCAGAGAUAAAGGGAGCCCUUGGGUCCCUCAGUCCUGAGGUUGGACUUAAGAAACCAAGUAGUAAAGCUGGACAAGAGAAAACACCGUAUGUAGAGCCACAGACAGAUGAGCUCUCCGAAAGAGUUGAAAAAGACUUCAACAUUCUCGAAACCAAGCCAAGUAAAUUCUAUGCCCCUGACACUGAUAACAUUUUUGAAGCUUUCGAAAACCCAUGCAAAGAUAAAAUUGGCCCCGAGGUCCUGGAAGGUGAUAUAGAGUGCCAUUUGGUUGACAAGGCCAAGUUUGAUGACCAAUACCUCAUGACAGGAUUCAACGCGUUACUACCGCAGGCGAGCGAAACAAAGGAGAUACUAGAACUGAACUCCCUCGAGGUGCCCCUUUCCCCUGAUGAUGAAUCCAAAGAGUUCCUGGAACUGGAGUCCACUGAGUUACAGCAUUCCCUCGUCGGGGACGAAGAGAAGGAAGAGCUAGGCCUGGGGCCUCCCAUCGCGCCGCCGCCCCAGGGCUGUGACCCAGAAGGCACCCUGCAGCCAUUUACGGUGCGGCUUCCCCUCAGCUGUGACGUGGAGAAGCAGCUGGAACUCGCAUUACCCACAGCCCAGCUGUGUCUGGAUGACAGAAUAAACCCUGUGUUGCUCAGAGCUGAUCAGAAGGCCCAAGGACCCACGUGUACGGAAGACACAAGAGAGUCAAGUUGUGUGGAAUGUUUCGAGGACCAGUGCUGGUCACCACUGCACCUACACGGGAAGAAUCGUGAUCCCAACAUGCAGACUGAAACGAAUAUAUAUAAAGAAGAAUUUAUAGAGUAUAACAACAGAGAUGCCAUUUCAUCAUUGACUUUGUUCUCUGAAGAAGAAUCCAGAGCCGGAAGGAAGCACCAUGAUAAUGCUUUACAAGAUCAUGUCUCAGCUCAACCAGAGAAAACCUACACUCUGAAAGGAUUUACUGUUGGAUCCAAAUGUGUUGUGUGGUCAAAUCUAAGAAACACAUGGUCUAAAUGUGAGAUUCUGGAAAUCGCUGAAGAAGGCACAAGGGUUUUGAACCUUUCAAAUGGUAUGGAGGAGAUAGUGAACCCUGAGAACGUUUGGAAUGGCAUACCCAAAUUGGAUAAGAGUCCAUUUGAGGUAUGGAAUUAUAUAAACACUAAUUAACGAGAGCAUUGUCUUUCAUUUUGAAAGAUGACUUAAGCUAUUUCCAAAGCCCUUGUGUUGGGAAUGAUGGAGAAAAAAAAAAUACUAAUACUGGGAUAACAACAAUGAAAAACAGCAGUAACAAAAUCAGUGAUUCUGGAUUUUAUGCCAGGUAUCCCUUUGGGCAAACCAGUUAUUAAUGUUUUACUCUUUGAUUUUUUGGAGGGAUUUUAAACAUGAAAAUUGUUUGAUGUCUGAGACCUUUAUAAAAUAUGUUUGAUGUAGAAAAUCUGGAAAAAUGGCAGAGUUAAAAAGGAAAAAGUAUCUGUCACCUGUAAUACAUCUAUCCAAGACAAAGAGAUUGAUCAGUUUUGUUUUCUUUCAUAAUUUUUUUUCUGUUUAUAUGGAAUGUAAGUAUAUCAUCUGCAUAUUUUGAGCAUAAUUUAUUUCAUUCUGCGUAGUUUUAUAUGCUAUGUUCUUCAUUUAAAAUUAUAUGGUGGGAAAUUCCUAUGCCAUUAUAAUCUCUGGGCAUUUGAGUUUAUUCUGUUUGGAGUUUGUUGAACUUCUUGCUUUAAAAUCUGUGUCAGAUAGUUCUAGUACCUGGUCAUCUCAGGGCUUGCCAUUUAAUGAUUGCCUUGAAAAAUGAUUAACUUUUCCUGAUUCUUUGUAUGUUGAAUAAUUUUGGAUUAUGUCCUGAAUGUCUUGAAUAUUGUGUUGUAAAACUUUGGAUCCUGUUAAAAUCUUCUAGAAAAUAUUGAAAUUUUUGUUUUAGCAGGUGAUCAACUGUUAGGUUCAUACCACAAGUUCUGUCUCUCCUGAGUUUGUUGGUUCCAGUGUCAGUUUACUUUUUUUUUUUUUUUACCUUUUUUUAAAAAAGAUUUUUUUUAUUCAUUUGUCAGAGAGAGAGAGAGAGCACAAGCAGGGGGAGAAGCAGGCAGAGGGAGAAGCAGACUCUCUGCUGAGCAGGGAGCCCAAUGUGGGACUCCAUCCCAGGACCCUGGGAUCAUGACCUGAGCUGAAGGCAGACGUUUAACUGACUGAGCCACCCAGGCGCCCCCCUUUCCAGAAUUUUUAAUUGUAAUCAGUGUGAGAGAGAGGCCGUAGUUGGCUCAUUCUGCCUUGGCUGCAACCAGAAGGCCAUAGUUGCAUAAUAUUAGAUGACAUGAAUGGUUAGUCACUUGUUAAACCAUUUCUCCCAGUGGUGCACAUUGAGGUCAUUUAAAAUGUUCCACUAUA